AUGGCGCACUCGCUCAUUCCCCCACCGGCGAAAAUGGACAUGAAAGGAGACCAGGUUUCCAACUGGCAAUUUUUCAAGGCAAGUUGGCAGAACUAUCUAGUGGCCACAGAACUGGAUAAGAAAGAUACUUCCAUCCAUGUGGCUACAUUACUCACAGUUAUGGGGAAGGAGUGCUAUGAAGUGUACGAAAAUCUGCCACUAACAGAGGAACAGAGAAAGUCACCACAGCAAAUCCUAACCAGCCUUGGAGCUCAUUUUGACCCUAAACGCAAUGUGGUGUACAAACGAUUCAUGUUUAACUCCUGUAAGCAAGAGCCCAAAGAGAACAUUGACACUUUUUUGAACAGGCUGAGAAAGUUGGCAACCACAUGCAAUUAUGGAGCGCUUCUCGAUGAAAUGCUCCGAGACAGGCUGGUCAUAGGAGUAGUAGGCAACAGCAUCCGUGCUCGUCUGCUGCGUGAGUCGUCACUGACAUUGCAGAAAGCCAUAGACAUAUGCCGCAGCAGUGAACAGGCAGCGAUCCACCUUCAGCAGAUGGAUCCGGUAGAGGCAGAGACAGCACACUUUGUGAAAAACAAGCAGCGGACACAGAAAUCUGGAAAAGCCAGCAAGCCUCCGAACAUAAAUUGCAAAUACUGUGGCAAAUCACACAGCAAGGGCAAGUGCCCAGCCUACGGGACAACUUGCUCUAAGUGCCAAAAACGCAACCACUAUGCGCAGGUUUGCCAGUCGUCGGGCAAAGACCGCACCAAACGUCAGCCACAGAAAUCCACACAGAAGCUCCACCAAAUGCAUGGAGACGAAAGUGGCAGCGACGAAAGCAUCUAUACAGUGCAGUCAAAGCCCAAGCAGCAAUACUCUGUUGAGCUAGCAGUGGAGACGCCAACAAGGGAUCUGACAAAGACCAUCAGAUUUCAGCUAGACUCUGGUGCAACUUGCAGCACCAUGAAGCUGACAGACUACAAGCAGCUCAGUGACACGCCUCCGGUGCCAUCAAAGACUAAACUGAAACUGUACAAUGGCACAAUAAUUCAUCCUGUUGGAGCUGCCAGCUUGAGAUGCCAGAUCAAAGGGGUCACCAGGAAAACCCACUUCGAGAUCGUGGAGGAUGCCCCCUCAUCUCUGCUGUCAGGUAAAGCAGCAGAAGCUCUGGGACUAAUGCAGUUCGCACAGGAGUGCUUAGUGCAUGCAGUGACAGAGUCACCGACUCAAACCAAGGAACAGGUCCUCAGUGAGUACAAAGACGUAUUCACUGGCCUUGGUCGGCUACCAGGUCUCUACCACAUAGACAUUGAUCACAGUGUCACUCCAACGCAGAACACCAGGCGCAGAGUACCCAUCCCGGUGCGGGCAGAGCUGAAACGAAAGCUAGACAGCAUGACAGCCCAAGACACCAUUGCCCGGGUGACUGAGCCUACCAAGUGGAUCCACAACAUGGUAGUCGUCAGAAAGCCAAACAAAAUCAGGGUAUGCUUGGAUCCACACGGCCUGAACAAGGCCAUUACCCCAUUCCCACCGUAG